CGACCCUCCCCACCCUCCUCCUUACCUCCAACACCUCCAUAUCCUCUAUCACCCAUGUCGUCGCGAACUCCACAAUCCAGACCGCAGGGUCGUGCACGUCUAAGGCAUAUGUAUCUUCCGAUAUAUGUAGAGUUGUAGGACAGGUUAACACGACGGAGAGCUCGAGGGUCAAGUUCGAAAUGUGGCUCCCGAUGAAGGAGGAAGCUGAGGGAUGGUACGGGAGGGUAUUGACCGUGGGCAAUGGUGGUUUGAAUGGAUGUAUCGACUACGGCAACCUCGACUACGGCUCCUCCUUCCACUUCGCCACCAUCGCCUCUGACAACGGCCACGACGGCGUCGGCGGCCUCCCAUUCCUCGACUCUCCCGAAGUGAUAAACGACUUCGCGUGGCGUUCAAUACAUACUAUCGCCCAGCUCUCUCGGGUCAUCGCAGCGCAUUAUUACUCCCCUCCUUCAUCACUUCCAUUACGGUCGUACUACAUAGGGUGUUCCACUGGUGGACGACAAGGCAUCCAGUCCGCACUUAAAUUCCCCGGAGAUUUUGAUGGGAUCCUCGCGGGUGCUCCUGCGGUUGAUAUGCAGCAUCUGUUGGGAUGGAGCGGGAUAAUUAGUCGGGCUGUGGGUGCGGGGAGCGGUAAAGGGCGAGAAAGCGCGCAGUUUAUUGAUGAGGAAGGGUGGGAUUUGGUUAGUGAGGAGGUGUUGAGACAGUGCGAUGCGUUGGAUGGCAGGAUGGACGGGAUUGUGACGGAGCCGGAUGAGUGCCUGUUCGAUCCAAGUCUGCUGUUGUGCGGCGAGGAGUCGGAUGAAGAUGUUGAGAGAGAGGGAAAUAUAAAGAAGAGAGUAUGUUUGACGGAGACGCAGGUGGAUGCAUUGAAGAACAUAUACUCACCGUUGGUGGGAAGAGAUGGAGAGACGGUGUUGUAUCCGAGAUUUGAUCCCGGUGCGGAAAGGAUACCGAUGAGGAAUCGAGUCUUCGCCCCGGAGAUAUUCUUCUAUACUUUCGAUUGGUGGCGCUAUGCGAUCUACAACGACAGCUCUCGUACGCUCGAUGACUUUGGCCUCAAAGAUAUUGAGUUCGCGGACAGCAUUAAUCCGGGUGGUGUGGCGACUUGGGAUGGUGACUUGUCCAAAUUCAGGGUGCGGGGAGGGAAGAUUUUGACGUACCAUGGAAGAAUGGACCCGCUGAUCGCCUCGGGAAACUCGAAGCGACUAUAUAACCUCGUCUUUUUUACACUCUCCAACACUUCUAACCCUACCAAUCCAUCUUCAAUCGAAGACUUUUACCGCCUCUUCCUCAUUCCCGGCAUGUCCCACUGCACCGGCGGACCAGGCGCAUUCCAUUUUGGACAACGAGGUCCCAGUGCCUUGGGUACUGCGCGCAACGAUUCGUCACACAAUGCGCUCUUGCCUUUGGUCGAAUGGGUGGAGGAAGGGCGUGGACCAGAGGUUAUUAUUGGGACUGAGGAUAGUGAUGAUAGGAAGGUGAGAGAACAUUGUAGGUGGCCGGGAUGGAGGAGCGUUUGGCGUGGUUCCGAGGGUGAGGAUGGACGGUGGGUAUGUGAAGGCACUUCUGGCGACCCUUAAGCAUUGCUGUAUCUUGGGGCUGAGAAACGAGCAUGGCAGGGCUAGGGAAGUUGAGCAUAACUGUUUGAGUGAUGUGGCCCAACUGUCGACAUGUCUCGCCACCCCCGCAAAAUGGAAGCUUAUUUCCCCGCAUGAUCGCCCUCGGCCGCUCGCUGAAACACCGAUCGGGAUCCCACGAUAUCGCGUCCAAUAAUAGAACUGCC